GAGAGAUCUUUCUCUCUGUCUUCAGCAAUGGCGUUCCUCUCUUCUUCUUCUUCAUCGUCUCCGGCGAUGCAGAAAGGGAUUUUCGUGAGCGUGCCGGUACUUGUACUCUCCGUUUCGUUUGCCGCUGCUGUCUUCUUUCUCCUCUCGUCUUCUCUCUCGUCAUGCUCAUGUCCUUCCUCUAUAUCGUCCCCGAACGACGCCGGUGUAGCUUCCGGCGGUGAUGUUAGAUUGGAGGAGAGGAUAUCUCCGACGCGAAAGGAUAUAGAGUGGGUUAGAGAUCUGAUUAGAUCCAACGGUUUGCAUAUGCAGAAGAAUGAGCUCCGGAAAGGGAUCAAUCCUCGCACUAGGGAUCAACAACUUAUAGAUCUGAAACAGUACAAGGGUAUAUCCCAUUAUGAAGGAGAAGAAGCAAACAACCACACAGCUCUUCCAUGCCCUGGUGAGUUACUGGUUGAGCAGCAUCACAGCAAUUAUGGUGAACCUUGGGCAGGUGGGCGCGAUGUAUUCGAGUAUUUGGCUGAAUCAGCAAGUCUUAAACCAAACUCUCGUGUCCUAGAAAUCGGAUGUGGCACAUUACGUGUGGGUUUACAUUUCAUCCGGUAUCUCAAUCCCAAACAUUUUCACUGCCUUGAAAGGGACGAGCUUUCUCUAAUGGCUGCUUUAAGGUACGAGCUUCCAUCUCAAGGUCUUCUACAUAAACGACCUCUUAUACUCAGAGGUGAAGAUAUGGACUUCAGCAAGUUUGGUUCAGAUAUAACGUACGAUCUGAUCUACGCAAGUGCAGUCUUUCUCCACAUGCCUGAUAAACUCGUGUGGACUGGACUCGAAAGGCUAGUGAAAAAGUUAAAGCCUUAUGAUGGGAGAAUCUUUGUGUCGCAUAACGUAAAGUUUUGUUCGCGGUUAGGAGGAGACGAGUGUGCAAAGAAGCUAGCAAGUUUAGGACUUGAAUAUCUUGGAAAACAAACACAUGAUAGCCUGCUGUUUAAUCACUACGAGAUCUGGUUCGGGUUUAGACGGUUUAAAACAUAAAAGCUUGUUGCUGUGCUUUUUCUAAGUUUAUAUCAAUUAUCUACACAGCGUUGCUCUCCAUUUUCUGAAGAUUGGAUCAGGACUUUAAGGAGGAUCAGAGAUUGUUUUGGUGAACAAAAGGAUAGAAUAUAUGUGAAGUACAAAGAUGGCUCUGUAUCAGAUGACUACUACUUUAGUUUUUGUGUUUGUGUUCAGAAAGAGGGAUGCAUGUAUUGUUGUAUUGUUUACAUGCCUAAUGUGUUAUAAGAGAGGGGGCAAAGAUUAAUUUACUUGUAACCGAAGACAAAUUCUUUUUCACAUUUUUAAAAGUUGUUACCA